AUGACUACUGACAAUAAUACAACGGUUUUCGUCUCUGGUGCAACGGGCUUCAUUGCUUUACACAUUGUCAACGACUUAUUGAAAGCUGGCUAUAAAGUUAUCGGUUCAGGGAGAUCUCAAGAAAAAAACAAUUCUUUAUUGAAGAAAUUCAAUAACAAUCCCAGAUUGUCAAUGGAAAUUGUGGAAGAUAUUGCUGCUCCAAACGCCUUUGAUGAAGUUUUCAAAAAACACGGUAAAGAAAUUAAGAUUGUAUUACACACAGCUUCUCCAUUCCAUUUCCAAACUACGAAUUUUGAAAGGGAUCUUUUAACUCCAGCUGUUAACGGUACCAAAUCUAUUCUAGAAGCAAUUAAGAAAUACGCCGCCGAAACCGUCGAAAAAGUCGUCGUUACUUCUUCUACUGCUGCUCUAGUGGAUCCUACAGACAUGGGAAACGCUAACUUGGUGAUUACUGAAAAAAGUUGGAAUAAGGAUACUUGGGAGAGUUGUCAAGCUAAUGCCGUUGCCGCAUAUUGCGGUUCGAAAAAGUUUGCUGAGAGAACUGCUUGGGAUUUCCUGAAAGAAAACCAGGGAAAUGUUAAGUUCACAUUAUCCACCAUCAAUCCCGGAUACGUCUUUGGCCCUCAAAUGUUCGCCGAUUCGCUGAAAAUUAGUGUAAAUACCUCUUCAGGCAUUAUAUCCGGGUUGAUCUGUUCUAAGGUAGGUGAUAAAUUCUACAAUAACUGCGGUCCUUUUAUUGACGUCCGUGAUGUCUCCAAAGCUCACUUAGUUGCGAUUGAAAAACCUGAAUGUGCCGGCCAAAGACUAGUCUUGAGUGAAGGUUUAUUUUGCUCACAAGGAGUCGUUGACAUUUUAAAUGAGGAAUUCCCACAACUAAAUGGCAAGAUAGCUAUAGGAGAACCUAGAAGCGGCCCAAGUUUUUUGGAAAAAAAUUCCUGCAAAUUUGACAACUCAAAGACUAAGAACCUAUUGGGAUUCAAGUUUUACAAUUUCAAAGAUUGUAUAAUUGAUACUGCAGUACAAAUGCUAGAAGUUCAAAUCAAAAACUAA